AUGAAGCGGCCGCAUAUUUUUGUGGAGCUCCAGAAAACCCCUCCUGUGCUCUCCACGCCCGAGGCACAUAUUUUCGAAGAUCCUACGCCUGCUUCUACCGCCCAAAACACUCCUCGGCCGACAGACGACGAAUUAUGGGAGAUUUAUGAGAUCGCGCGGACGGCGCGGGAAGUUAGAGAUGGAGGGUAUAAGAGAGUCGCGUUACAGUUCCCGGACGGCAUGCUGAGAGAUUCACCGAGGGUAUUUGAGGCGCUAGAGGAGGAGCUGAAGAGGUCGCCUGCUACCGUUGCUCCGGCGGGGAAAGUAAGGCAGGAAGAUGAGUUGGUAACGAGUUUCACCCACCUGUCAACGUCUUCGGCCAGGACUGAACAAGCUCGGGAGAAUGGAAUAGAGAAAGGAAGGGAUGGCACAGCUGAGCGAGUCAGAUUUUAUAUCUUGGCAGAUACAUCCUACGGAUCCUGCUGCGUGGACGAAAUCGCCGCCGAGCAUGUCGAGGCAGAUGUGGUCGUUCAUUACGGACGGUCAUGUCUCUCCCCCACUGCACGAUUACCAGUUAUCUACGUCUUCACCAGCCAUCCUCUAGACAUUCCAGACGCUGUUCAAGCCUUCGAAUCCACUUUCUCCUCCAAAGAAGAGAAAGUCGUCCUUAUGGCAGACAUAACAUACAACACGCACAUCCCGACUUUACACACCUCCCUCCUCUCAGCAGGCUACACAAGACUCCUCACACCACCAAUAAUCCACGACCCUUCAUCCCAAAUCCCGAAUCGAGAACUGGAUACCUCAAUAGACCUAAAAGAAUACUCAUUAUUCCACAUCUCCGACCCACCACAAGCAUUACUCCUUACACUCUCCUCGCGAGUCAGGGAAAUGUUCAUCUACCCCACCAGCUCCCCAGCUCCAUCCUCAACCUCCACUCAAAAGACCAUCCAAGCAAACACCGCAAUGACGCUUCGCCGCCGCUACGCCCUCUUAACCCGCCUCUCCACCUGCCCCGUCUUCGGGAUCCUUAUCAACACCCUCUCGGUCGCCAACUACCUAUCCACCAUCACCUCGAUCCGCUCGCUCAUCACCCGAUCCGGGAAAAAGUCCUACACCUUCGUCGUAGGGAAGGUGAACGCGGCCAAGAUUGCUAACUUCAGCGAGAUUGGGGGAUGGGUUGUUGUUGGGUGUUGGGAGAGUAGUCUGAUUGAGGGAAGUGAGUUUUUCAGGCCGGUGAUCACGCCGUUUGAGUUGGGGCUGUGCCUGCAGGGGGAUGGGGAGAGGGUUUGGGAUGGGAGCUGGAGGGGCGAUUUUGGCGGUGUGGAGGAGAUGGUUGGUGCUUCUUCUAGCAAAGUUGGAGUGGACGAAGAGGAGAUGAAGGGAGCGGAAAGAGGGGAUGGGGUUGAGGACGAGGAUUCAGAAGAAGAAUCCGCGCCCCCUGAAUUCGAUCUCCGGACCGGCCGCUACGUCUCUCAUUCCCGACCGAUGCGUACCACCUCUUCUUUGACCUCUCCUCCUGCCUCGCAGGGCCCAGGUCAAUCAGGAGGCAGCACAGAAGCGUCGAAAGUCCUGACGAGGAGGGCGAAAGGGGAUCUGGUAACUGUAAACGGAACGGUGAGUCCCGGUGCCGAGUACCUGCGGAAUCAGAGGACGUGGCAAGGCCUAGGUAGUGAUUUUGCAGAGACGGAGGCAAGUCAGGAGAUUGAGGAGGGGAGGAGCGGUGUUGCGAGGGGGUAUACUGUCGGUGGGGAUGGAGAAAGGAGGUGAACUCUCCGUUAAACAAACAAAAUGAAAACAUCAUCCCAACUUCAAGCACAUUGACGAUGAGAAGUAGGCCCCUGACACUUUGAUGAUGGAUUUGAAGUGAGACUCUAACUGUAUACUUGUUUAUCUCAGAGACU